CAAUAUUUUCCAAUGUUAAUGGCAUUAAAAUCAUGACCUAUAUAGUAUCAACUAACCAUUUCUCAUCCUAACCUAAGAUAGAUCUUACGUCUUACAUAUGUAACGGUUUUUUAACACAUUGUCUGGUCAUUGACCCAUCCACCUAAAUAUAUCGCUAAACGUCUAUCAUAUCAAUCAAUAAAACUCAAACCUACACGUUCAAUGACCGACCCCAUAAUUUACCAACAGCGAGAAAAAACUACAGAGGUAACAUUGAUAAACGCAGCGUACGUUAAUAAUGAUCCCUCAGUCUCGAGUUUAUUUGCGUAACUCCACCAUUGCCUUGAAUUUUUUAUUCACUUCUGUGUAAAAGCUAUUUGCCGCGAAAAAUAAAACUUACUAGGCAAGGUACCUAUAUAAACGAACGGACGUCAACACUCUGACCACAGUAAUCACACUCGAGGCGUCGAGUCAAGACGGAGUCUCAAUCCCGGUGUCCCGCGAAAAAAACAACAACAUGCGGCUUAUUGUAAUCGCGAAUGUUUUGUGUUUGCUCUCCGCUGAUCCGUCCCGCGCGAGAGCCAUCGAUGACAACAAACCAAUUAAUGAUUACACGCACAACAGAGCAGAUUUAAUAGAACUGGAACUCCACGAAUCUGUCGGAGGCAAACUGCAUCUCACAGAAAAAGAAAAAGCCGUCAACGAUAUCCUCAUGCGCUUGAAAGAGAGAGAACUGGACAACUCUUUUGAUAACCCGCAGUUUUUUAACUUUUCUAGGCCAUAUUUUACGUAUAAAGACGAUAUGAAGCACUCUAAAGUGUAUCAAUUGAUGCGACGGAUGCCGAAAGGGGCGGCGUUGCACGUGCACAGCUCCUUGAUGCUCGACGCGGAUUACUUGGUGAAGCUGACGUAUGAGGACCACUUAUACGCUUGUCUCACAGAGGACGAUUUAAAAUUACACUUCUCCGACGCUGAGCCGCUGCGACCUUGCCCGGUUAAAUGGAAUCUCCUGAGCACACUCAGACACGUAUCCGAUGACGUAGCCCAAUUUGACGCAAAAUUAAAGGAACACUUCACUUUAGGCACCGAAGACCAUAUGGGAUUUAAUACAAAUGUGAAUGAAGCGUGGAAACAGUUCAACAAAGUUUAUUACACGAUUAAAUCUUUGAUAAACUAUAGACCUGUCAGAGAAAAAAUGUUUUACCAAGCUUUACAGGACUUUUACAAUGACAAUGUUAUGUAUAUUGAAGUGCGUAGCGGUUUAUCAAGCUUGUACGAGCUAGAUGGCACUCAGCAUGAUAAAAUAUAUUUAGCUACUCUUUAUAAGGAAGUUACGGACAAAUUCAUCAAGGAAAAUCCAGAUUUUAUCGGAAUAAAGAUUAUCGUUACCAGAGCCCGUUCAGCAAGUAUGGAACAAGUGCGUGAAUCUAUAAACUUGGCUCGUCAGUUAAAGAAGAUCAUGCCAAACAUAUUCGCUGGUUUCGAUCUCGUUGGCCAAGAAGACUUGGGAAAACCUUUAAGAAAUUUCUUGCCAGCUCUAUUAGAAGCCAAGGAUGAGAUAAAUUAUUACUUCCACGGUGGUGAGACCAACUGGUACGGGACUCCAACGGACGAGAAUCUUUUUGAUGCUAUAUUGCUGGGGUCUAAAAGGAUAGGACACGGGUAUGCGCUGAUGAAGCACCCAGCUCUUAUUAAAGCCAUCCACCGUAAAGACAUAGCUAUAGAAGUGAAUGUGAUAUCAAACUCGGUGUUGUCCUUAGUCCAGGACCUGCGAAACCAUCCCCUGGCGACGUACCUGGCGCUGGGGCUCCCCGUGGUGCUGUCGAGCGACGACCCCGGCGUGUGGGGCGCGAAGCCUCUGUCAGACGACUUCUACGUAGGUUUUGUGGCCAUCGCCAGUAAACACGCCGACUUAAGGAUGCUGAAGCAACUGGCGAUCAACUCUAUAAGGUACAGUGCUUUAGAUGACAAGGGAAAAACGAAGUUAUUCCAAUCAUUUGAGAAGAAAUGGAACGAGUUCAUUGAUGGUGUUAUAGUUGAUAGUGAUGCUCUACUAAAAUUGUGAUUACUACCCUCAUAAGAAGAAAAGGUGAAAUUUAUGGACUGAAUAAUAUAUGUAUUUUAUAGGAAGAUGCACUCAUUGUAUUUAUUUGCGGUAUUAUAGAUAUACAUAGAUUAGGGGAUAUCCCAGUAUUUAGGAAUAUCUUGUAUGUGCUUACUCAUAUUACAAAUUACAAAGCUCCAAAUCUUCACACGGAUGGGCACAAGUGCUAUGUAAGGAUUUACAUAGGUAGUUGAUGGACCUUCUCUACUUCCAUGUAUUAAUAAUUAAGUGUUAUGUACAUAGGUAUGCUCAUGUUUAUAGAAAUAGUUUAUAAAUGUAUAAGAUUUCAUAAAUAAACUUUAUAGCCAUCUUAUAAUCAAUCAUUGCCAUAUUAUAUGUAAGCACAUUACGUAUUUACAUAUAAUAUGACAGGUAGGCAAACGAAGUAUUUUAUAAAAACUAUGAACAAAAUCA